CUGUUGCAGCCGUCUCACUUCUUCACUUUCGUUUUCAAUAUUUAGUUAAAACCCUGUUUCCUACCGGACAAGACACAAAUGUGACUAAGUGGGAAGCUUCAUUAGCUUCCAGCAAUGGCAAGUUGCUCAACGAUCCACUUAACCUUACCGCAAUGGGACGGCGGCUCGCGGAAAAUUCGCUUUAUUUACUUGGUGAAUCUGACAUCGUUCAGGCUGACUGAGUGUCCCCGUAAGGCUCCAGUGAUUCCUCUAUAUUUAGGAGCUGAUGUCUUCUCCAGCACUGAUAUCCGUACAGAGAACCAUCCCAGAUACCACGCCAAGUUUGCCAAGAAAGGACUGGCCACAAAAAUAAAGUUUUCCUCAGCAUUCAGGUUCCAUGGGUUGAAGGUACCUACUGCAAAUAACAGCCUCUGGUUCUAUAGCGUUCAAGGACUUUUUCGAGUAGCAUUUGAAAUGUACAAUAAGCAAGAGCAGCUUGCUGUUCUGGAGCAUUUCCAGGAUGUUUGGAAAUCGCAGAUAAAUGACAGCCCUCUGAAAAUUAGUUACAACCUGAGUGUGCAGCUCGACUUUGCAGUAUCCAGAUCCAGCAGCAUGUGCGAUACAGAAUCAAGAAAUGAAAUGUCACAACCUCAGCAUUGCCAGGUUGUCAGGGAAGUGGUGGAUGUAUGUGACAGUGAGACAGGUGAUAAAUCAGCAGAUCAUGAUUAUUGUUCCUUUCACAGGAAAAGCUUGCAAAGUGAGCAAAGCCAACUAAUUUUAUCCAAAGUGAGACUAAAACUGCACAACUUGGAUGACAAACUCUCCUCAGAGAAUCAAAGCCACACAGAACUGGAAACUAUCUUCCUUCUUCUGGAGAACAUUGAUCAGCACAUGAAUGGGAAUCUAGAAGAAAAGGAUGUGACGAAAACUGUGUUAGCCCUGCUGAAGGCCAAAGACUGGGGCUCUGUGUAUUCAAGUUCCCUGCUUAGUUGUAUAGGACAAUGGCUGGGCCAACAGUUUCAUGCAGCCAACAGUAGCAUUAGUCAAAAAGUGGAGGGCUUCAAAGUUCAGCAUAUUGAACGAAUAAGUGACUUGCCACCUGCUGAGGAACUAGCCACAGAACUAUUCCCAGAAGCCAUGCAAACACUGCUGCUUCACUGGAUGGGCUUAAGUGAAGAGUCCACCCUGGAGAAGAGACACAGUGAAUACCCAAUCCUGCUCCUUAUCCUCGAGUUUGCCAACCACAACCUCAUCACUGGUGUGGCCCAUGUGCUGUACUCCAGUCUUAUUUGUAAAUAAGAGUGAAUUUCCAUGUAGGUGUCAACAAGAAAAGCCUGCAAUUUAACUCGUGGUGCAGUGGUUAGCACUGUCACCUCACAGCAAGAAGGUUCUGGGUUCAAACCUUCUGUGUGGAGUUUGCAUGCCCAUGCCCACUUGGGUUUCUUCCAGGUACUCUGGCUUUCUCCCACAAUCCAAAGACAUGCGGGUUAGGUUAAUUGGCUAAUAAAAAUAAAUGAUCUAAAUAAAGCCCUGUGAUAGACUGGCGACCUGUCCAGUCCUUGCCCAAUGUGAGCUGGGAUUUGCUCUAGCCCACCCGCGACCCUAUAAGGAUGAGCAGUGUGGUGAAUGAAUGAACUUCCAGUAUUCUAAUA